AUGUUGGAUCUGCACGCUUUCAUCGCGGCAGUCCUCAUCCUCCUUGUUUCUCAUAGCUCGCCCUCUACCGGUCGUUUCAACGUCCAUAUUGACAAAGUCAGGAUUCACACGGAGGUGGAACAGGUUAUCAAUAUCAUGAGUGAAAGGUCAGAUGGGACCUCCGAGUCUCACUUUUCUCAGGACGGCGUCACAACCCUUUCUUUUCUGAACCAUCAUCUUCAGGAUGAAAAUGUAGCUGCAGUACUGGAGCUGAAACUGAACGUUCCACUUCUUGGAAGUGUGUACGUUCGGCGUAGCGCGCCGCAACUGGCAAACAUCAAUUCAUGGCCUUCUCAGGCCCCGUUAGACCUGGGGUUACUGAAGCCGAGCCUGCCGUCCCUACUUCCAACACGCCACGAGAACAACUCGGUUAUGACUGAUCAGGGCGGGCAGGAAGAGAGGAGAUGGGAUAACAUUUCAUGGUCGAUCGAAGAUAAUGAGAGUUUCUUGCAAGAUUUUCUCAUGGCGGACGACUGGGGGCACUUUUCCAUGUGA